GGUAUCCAAAGCGAAGGGACUGAAACUCACCAAAUUCAUAAAACUGUCCAACGUUACCCCAAAAAUCUGAAACGGAGCAAACCCCGAAACGACCCAUCUUUCAUCAUCCUCCUAUUGUAGCUGUUGAAAGAGUGUGCAUCGGAACAGGACUGCUUGACAGCUCCGAUCUAACUAAUUACUGAGUGUGAUCAAUCAGGGAUAGUCGACGGCUAACAAGGAAAGCGAAAGGAGCGUGUUGGUGCCGAUUGGGUCUGUGUUGGCAGCAGUCGGGUGACAAUCGUUGCCGCUCGCAGCUGAUACCGGGUUCUGAACGUUCUCUGAAUCAAAAAGGAAACGGUUUCUGUUGCCAUUUGCUGAACUGUUGUGACACACCAUGGACUGUCUCCCCAAGAGCAACACAUCUCCCUUUCUCCACGAUGCCGGCAGUGUGGCAGAAUGUCCCACUACCUGUCCGCGAGAGAAGCUACCCGCCCAUCACUGCUACUGGGAUGAAGCUCUCUUUGACUGCUUCCACGAUCUCAGUGGCCACGAUAACAACCACAACCAUAACAACAGCAAUCAUCCACAAGACUACGCAUCCACAUCGUCCUACGGGUUUGGAUCCUUUAGCGUCACGGUCAGUGCGGAUUCGUCUCGGUACGACGAUGAGGAUGACGAAGAAGGAUACGGCGGUCAUGCCGCACUGCAUUACGCAGAUGUCGAAGAAGCUGGACCUCCCGCUCGCCCUCAGGAGUUCCCAACUCCCUUUGUCCAUCAGGGCAUUCGAACGAUGGUCCGAGCCAUGGAUCAUCGAACACGCAAGAUACGAGAUGUCAAGAAUGUUCUGCUGGCAGUUGCCGCUCCUGACAACAACAACCAACAACAACGAUUCCCCAAUAGCAUUACCGAGCGAGCGUAUCUGUUAAAGAAAAAGAUUGCCAAGUCAUCCUAUGGCAAUCGAUACUUGUCGGUUGUGCUACAGAGACGAACAUCCAUUAGUCGGACUAGCAGUUUUGAACGAGACGAGAACAAACGACCCGAAGAUGACUGGAACGAGGUAGAAUGGGAAUCCACAGAACAGUUUGUGACUGUCACCGUAUCUCCCUGGAAUCAAGCCAUGCGACAGCACCGUCGAAGUCUAUCCUGUAAACGAGCCGGACCCGUACAUGCCAUUGCCGCCAUGCAACAUGUAGGAAACUAUCAUCCACACGUGUUGGGGCUGGUGGGAGUCUUUGAAGAUGAGGAACACUUGUACACGGUCUCUCGAGUCCACGGAGAUUUCGUGGAUUUGCAAACCAAGAUUGUAUCCGGACGAAGUCAAGGCGCGUAUGUACCCAAUGAAGCGGAAGCACGAGGCAUCUUUCAUCAACUACUACAAGGACUCUUUCAUUUGCAACGAAAGGGAGUUUGUCACUCCAAUCUGUCGUUGGAAAAUGUCUAUAUUGAUCGAGCCACGAAUCAGAAUUUGGCCAUUGUAGAUUUGGCAAGAGCCAUUCGAGUGCCAUACAAUGAUCCGUCCAAUUAUGGUUGUCUGGCGGGAGAGUCAGAAGGAACCCCGCGCCGGUUAUUGCAGUUGCUUCCCCAAGAUUUUGCCAGUCAUCCCACAGAGAAUCUCAUGUACUUGGCUCCCGAGAUUUUGGAAAAUGAAGAUGCAUUUGAUGGUUUUGCGGCGGAUUUGUUUGCGGCAGCCGUCGUUUUGUUUGUGCUCCUGGUGGGCAUGGCACCCUUCAAGACGGCUCACUACUGGGAUGCGGCCUAUGCGGAAAUCUCCAGUGGGAAUCUUCACGGACUGCUGGCGAGUUUGAACAUUCAGUUGAGUGACGAAGCCAUUGGGCUCUUGCAAAAUAUGUUUUGGAGGGAUCCACGAGAUCGACUGACUUUGGCCGAGAUUCUGGAUCACCCGUGGGUCAAGAACCAACGCUUUCCUGCAAACAGCAAGGCCAAGGGCAACACUAUUCCCCGAAAUACCAGCAACAGCCACCUAUCCGGAGGAGAGACCGCAUCCACCUCGUCAUCCGACAAGCCUGACAAGGCUCGUCUGACGCCCAAACGCAAGACCAUAUCUCAGGUCAUGUCGGGAUUCUUCACCAAGGAAGGCAAAGACAGCAGCGGUAGCGGCAAUCCCUCGAAGCAUCGACACAGUGAUUCUUCCAGUAGUAUCAAGGGUUGGGCUGGACUGAUGAACAAUUCAUCACGUGGCAGCAAGGCACGAAGGGCGAGCUUGGGUGGACUGAGCUCUGCGGCUUCAAGUGCCACGGCCGGAUCACCCGGAUCCCACAAGUCCAUUUCAUGCGACGACGAAAAGGAAGUCUACAGCGGCUUUCAAGUCUUGCAGCUUCCCAAGCUUUAGAAUGUUUCUAUCUUUUUUCGUUGCAUGAUUUCAUCCAAGUGGUGAACCAGCUGAUUGGCUCCUUUCUUGCGUUGCUCUGACGUGAGAAGCUCUAUAUUUUCAAGAAAGGAGAUUGAACCGAUUCGGCAGUGAACUCCCCCGUUCUUGAAGGACUGGGAGGUUCUUUCCCGAGACGGACACCAAGUCGGUUGCGUUUUCUGGCAGGCAGCACAUGUCUCGCAAGACCACGGCACCCCAAAUUCAUUAUUUCGAUGUAUACUCUCUCUUAUUAUCACUUUGUACUAAUGCACCGGUAUCUAAAACUCGAUGUCUUCCUGAAUGGAAGCUUCGAUUGGGUGUUGUCCGACAGCAGUCGCAUUCCAGUCAUUCCAGAUAAAUCCAAAACUCUACUAUAUUAUAAUUACAACGUAUUGCACU